AGAGAAAAAAAAAAAAUGUUACGUACUUCUUUGCCAUUUCCAGAUUUUUUCGAGCAAGAUAUUAGCGACGCAGGCCCUGCAGAUUUGUACUUUCAGGAACCGUCCGAACUGAUCAACGUGUUCAAAUCGAUAGAAACGCAAAAUUUGAACGCGUUGAUCCACUUGGAGAGUCUGGCAGAGCCGAUAGCUCAACUGCUGUUGACGAUUCAAAACGCUGAACAACAGAUCAAGAUAGAAGUUGGAGAAAUAACCAGUAUAAUCAACGAGUUGCGCGAAAGCAUUCACGUGUUGGAAAGCAGAGCCAUAGAUCUGGAAAAGCACGCGAACGAGCUUUUGGAAACCGUGUUCCGGGAUUCCGUUUGUUCGGAGGAGGUGCUUCGUCUUCAGGUGUUCGUCGAGGACGCGUACGAGAGUUGCGUGGGGCCAAACGAGGCGAAUCUAGAUAGUUUCUCGAUGAUGAAGUGGAUCGAGAAGAUACACGACGAGCUGAAUUUGAAGCUGGAUACUUUACCACCGGAAGUGGUCAAGGCUUGCGAGAAGGAGGGCUUCAAGCAGGAGUUGAAGGUCAUGAAACAGACGGAGGAAGCUGCUAAGAAGUUCGAGCUUAUGCAACGAUUGCUGGUCUCUCUGAAACGCAUAAUGGAACCACCUCCGGAAAAGAGGAGGCCUCUGAUGUGGCGAUCGACCCCGAAAAUGUAUAGAUUGAAAGGAGUGGCAGAGGCGCUCGAGCCAACCGAGGAGGAAUUGCAAUAUUUGACUUUCUUCACCGAUUAUUGCAAAACGGAGGACUUCACCAAAUACCGCCCCCGAUUCCCGGACGAUUUUGAUCUGACGUUCAAGAAACAAGAUAUUGUGGUGGUCGAAGCGGAAGAGGACGAGGACGUUUUGAUAAAAAAAUUGAAUGAAUUUUUCAUUUUCAACCAAAAUAAAAUAUCAAUCGUGGAAUAUUAUAUACAGAGAUUGCGCGUUAUUCACGAAUAAUUAAUUAAUUGGAAAUAAGAAAAUUUCAAUCUAUAAGUAUAUACGAGAUUACGAAUUGAUAGACGAAAGAAGAUGCGUAAAGCAACCGAUUCACCAGCUAGGAUUCAACGUUGCGGAUAAUCGAAACAAAUUAUCGUUUUAUCCGAUCCUUCAAUUAUCCCUGAUUUUCCACGAUUUCGAUAUUAUUCCCGCAGACGAACUUGUGAAUAAUUCACGACCC